UAAUUGUUAAUUACAUUUAGGAGAUAAACUUAUGGUAAGAAUUGCUGGAAUUGAUCUUCCAAAAAAUAAAAAAGUAGAAAUUGCGUUAACAUAUAUAUAUGGUAUAGGCUUACCUUUGGCAAAACAGAUUGUUUCUAACGCAAAAAUCAAUUCUGAAAAAAAAAUACAAGAUUUAGAUGAUAAAGAGAUAGGAAAUAUAAGAUCUAUAAUUGAAAAACAUUAUCAAGUAGAAGGUGAUUUAAGAAAAUUUGAAUCUCUAAAUAUUAAAAGAUUAAUAGAGAUUGGAAGUUAUCGAGGUAAAAGGCAUAGGUUAAAUCUACCAGUUAGAGGACAAAGAACAAGAACUAAUGCUAAAACUUUAAAAAAACAAAAGAAAAAUAUCUAUAAUGGUAUAACACAUAUAAAAUCAACAUUUAAUAAUACAAUUGUAAACAUAACAGACAUAAACGGUAAUACUAUUGCAUGGGCUUCUGCUGGACAAGUUGGAUUUAAAGGUGCUAAAAAAGCUACACCUUUUGCAGCACAAACAACAGCAGAAAAAGCUGGUAAACAAGCUUUAGAGAAUGGAAUGCGACAAACAGAAAUAAGAAUAAAUGGUCCUGGUUCUGGUAGAGAGACGGCUAUUAGAGCUUUACAAGCUCUUGGUUUGAAAAUAACAACGAUUAAAGACAUAACACCCAUACCUCAUAAUGGUUGUAGACCUCCUAAAAGAAGACGUUUACAAAUUGAAUGUCUAGAAUCUUUUAAUCAAAACCCAACAAAUCAAUAUGGAAAAUUUAUUAUUUAUCCUUUGAACAAGGGGCAAGGUAUUACUUUAGGUAAUGCCUUACGAAGAAUAAUGUUGGCGGAAUUAGAAGGUUUAGCUAUUUCCAGUGUCAGAAUAUCUGGAGUUAAUCAUGAGUUUACAACUGUUGAAGGUGUGCGUGAAGAUGUUUUAGACAUAUUAUUAAACCUAAAACAAAUUAUAUUCAAAAGUGAUUUAGAUGAACCCCAAUUUAUAAGAUUAAAAGUAUCAGGUCCGUCGAUUGUUACUGCCUCUGAUUUAGAAUUACCAACUCGUCUUGAAUUGGUCGAUCCAAGACAAUAUAUAGCUACAAUUGAUAAUAAUACUAAUUUAGAAAUGGAAAUGAAAAUUGAAAAAGGUAAAGGAUAUGAUUUAGUUAAUAAAAAAACAGGAGAAAAUUUAACAGAAAGUUUAAAAGUAGAUGCAGUAUAUAUGCCUAUAAGAAAAGUAAUGUUUCAUGUUAAAGAACAAUACAAUGGUGAAUCCUUAUUAUUCGAAAAACUUAUUUUAGAAAUCAUAACUAAUGGUAGUAUUACUCCUAAAGAAGCAAUAAUAAAAGCUUCAGACAUUUUUAUCAAGAUGUUAGAGCCACUAAAAGAAAUUGCAAUUGAAUCAGAAGAAGAAAAUAAAGAUAACAGUCAAGAAGAAAAAAAAUUACACCAAGUUCCAAUCGAAGAAUUACAUUUAUCUGUUAGGGCUUAUAAUUGUCUAAAACGUGCUCAAAUUUUUUCAGUAGCAGAUCUAUUAGAUUAUUCAGAAGAAGACUUGUUAGAAAUUAAAAACUUUGGAUAUAAAUCAGCAGAAGAGGUUAUGCAAGCAUUACAAAAUUAUUUAGGCAUAACAUUACCCAAAACUAAAAAUAAAACUUAGUUAUAUAUUAAAAUAAUAUAAAUAAUUAAUCUAAUAG